UUUUAGAUUCCUUGUAAUAUAUCUAGGUCGUCAGCAAAGUCCUUAUAGUCAUUCUUUGGCAAGCACUUUUUCGAUCAACAGCAAGUUAACAUGGCCGGCAUCCACAAGAUUAUUUUGGCGCUUGUCGUCCUCCACGUGGCUUUGGUUCUGCACAUCGAGGGUUCGCUUGACAAACGAGCAACCGACUGCGGUUCUGGUCGUGAACAUGAAGGCAGUUACUCCCGAAAGUGCAGAUCUUCCUGCAAGCAUGGAGAACGUCAUAUCAGUAUGUUUGAUAAAAAGUGUUCUGGUGGGCAGAAGUGUUGCAUGUGUCAUACACGAUGGAGUACUGGUUGCCGAUAUGAAGGUUGAGAACGCUACUGCCUCGCGUACUACGACUACGACUGAUCUACUGUAGUGUUAGAAUAACUAUAUCAGUGUGUGAUAGAUAACUACUGUGCUAUGCGCAUUGAACUAAGAUAAUUAAUUCUCAUAAAUUGCACUACAAGUCACUGAACGUAGCAUCAGAACACUGAAUAAAACUGAUUUUCACUGAAUGUAAUGUCAA